AUGAAUAUGUUGAUCCCAAACAUGGCCAUGUCCGACCUGCUGCAUCCAACAUUCCUGUUCCCUAGCUGUUCUACUGGCAGACAUGAACGUUGGCUCGUGGCUCAUUGGUGGUACCCUUGGUCAAGCCUUAUGCAAGCUACAUGACUUUCUUGCAGAUUGUUCUUUGUUAGUAUCGAUUCAGAGCCUGGUUCUGAUAGCAGUGGAUCGAUUUGGAGCUCUUGUAGUGCCACUUCGAUCCCCUGUGGUCACUAGGAGGGUACUAAGAACUCUCAGUUGUCGUAAUGUUGUAAAAAGAAAGCUUUAAGCGAGGUGUAUGUAUGUUUUCUAGUAUUCACUUUUUCAAACGCGAAGCCAGCUAAGAAAUCAAGAACAUGAGUUUAGAAGGAUCAAACUACUUGAAUAAUUUACAUGUUUCAUUGUGCUAUUGCGGCUUUUGAUUAUUAGUGUGGUUCAAAAUUCCCGAUUGAAUUAAAUCAGGGUGGCCUUAUGAUUAAUGAUGGCGUGCAAUUUGCGGUUGUUUGUUCAUUCUUCGAAAUUCAUCCUUGCCGAAAAAAAAGUACAUAUAUGCUUUAAAAUCUCUGAUAUACAUGUAGAUCAACUCAUUCUUGCACCAAUAUUCAGAUUUGGGGAUGUUUUAGUGUAAAAAAUUUAGCCGUAUCCGUGUCAUAAACAGAUAUAAAGACACUCAUUAAACAUAAAUUUUCUUUUUUUUAUUAUUAUUAGUGACUUCUUUUUUUGAAAGAAUCAUUGUCACUCAGCCUAGUAUGCAAAAUUAUAUUUGUACCAACUUCAUUUUAGGUAACAUUUGAGGGAGCUUAAGCGGGCUAUGUCAUGACGAUGUCGCAAUAUUGCUGCUUUACGUCAAUUCUAUGCUUACGUCAUCAGGAGGGUCAGGUGGGCCCUAACCCUCAAGUAGUUGAAAUCAUUUUUGUUUAUUGUCUGACUAUAAUUAGAAAAAACGAAAAGAGUUUUUUUGACAUGAUAUCUCAGCAACAUUACAAAGACAUACUUAGUCAUUUAAUGCAAAUUCAGUAAAUAUGCAGCUUAAUAAGCCUCUUUAACAUGUAUGUUUUGUUUUCCUAGUGGAGGUCCUAGGAGAACUAGACCCUUUGUUUGUUUCUUUGUUUUUUUUUUUUUUCAUAAAUGAUGCGUACAUAUGCAGGUGAAUAAGACGAAAUUUGAAAAGAACUUAUUGCUCUCUUGAGUGCUAUCACAUGACCAAGUGUAUUGGAAAAACAAAAUAUACGAGCUAAAGAGGUCUAUUAUCGACACUUAUCGACGCUUAGGAGUAUUUAUUCAACGUUUUGAUAUAUAUGUACCUUGAUCACUCAGUCGUUAAAGAAGAAUACUAAAACUUUAAUUGACUUACAUAAUAAUUUGCCUCAGUUUGCUGAUCAAUAACAGGAUACAAAGUUAUUAGGUAAAACCUCUGCAGGUGGCAGUAUUUGCUUACAAUUAAAUACAGUGACGCCAAAGUGUUGUCGAUGGUUCAAUAUGAAGCAUAUACAAUAUAUAAAACCAUUAUUUGAACAGUAAAUAUUUUUCAGUGGAAACAAUUCUCAAGAGAACACAAUUGUCGAGAAGUCAGUAAGCAUGAAAAGAACAGUAAAUGGAUCAAGUUUCUGGAGCUGCUCCAGUCUGAUAAAUCCAGAAGCACUAAAAAUUGGACUAACAGUUUCUUAUAGUUUUAUCCUUGUUGUUUCGUUGGUUGGACAUUUUCUCAUCGUCUUAGUUGUUUACAAAACACCAACUUUAAGAAAACCGAUAAAUAUGUUGAUCGCAAAUAUGGCCAUAUCCGACCUGCUCGGUACAUACAUUUCCUCGUUAGUAUCUGUUCGGAGUCUGGUUCUGAUAACAGUGGAUCGAUUUGGAGCUGUUGUAGUUCCACUUCAUUACCCCCUCAUAACUAGCAAGCAGUGUCCAUUCUUCAUUGUCGCUACGUGGAUAAUCGCAAUGGCCGUUCAUUCGUCAUAUCUUGCUGUUUCUAAACUUGUUGAAUACCCUGGAGGAAUGCGGUGCACAAGUCACUGGAGAGAAAACUUCGGAGCAAACGCCAAUAGAAAUUUUGUCUUAGUAGUUGCUAUCGUGUUUUUCUACACGCCCUUUGUCUUGUUGGCGAUACUUUACUCCGUCAUCCUGAUCAAGCUUAAAAGACAAGCCCAUCCAGGUGAGGCAUCAGCCAACGCUGAGGAACAGCGGACAAAAAGAAUCAGAAACGUACUGAAGAUGGCUAUUGCUAUUAAUGUAGUGUUUUUCAUUUGCUGGAUACCAUUGUCCAGUAAGGGGAUGAUAAUCAUUUUUAGUGCACCAGAAAGUUCCAUUUGGUCUUCUUGUAGUUUUUAUCUGUACGAUCGUAUCACCUUGUCUAUGGCUUUGGCAAACUGUGCUAUCAACCCGAUUAUCUGCCUUAUUUUUAGUAGUAGCUAUCGCCAAGCUCUAAAAGAGACUUGCGAAUCGCAGUAA